UACACUUCAAUUGGUGACUGACCGCAGCGCAGAGCUGUUGCGCGCGCGCCGACCUUCUAGUUCCGCGGCGAGUGCGCGUGCUUAUCGUUUUGUUUACUCACACAAAAACGCCGGCAUGAUCGCACGACCCCGUGUAUCACAUCUCAUUAAAAACUGAGAUUUGGACAAACAAGUGCUUUUACGGAGCUGUGAUAAAAUAACUCGUUUCAAGAUGUGGUUCUGUGUAACGUGCUACCUCGUCUCAUUUAUAGUUUUCCUACUCUUACUAUUGACGAUUUUCCAUUACACUACAAAAGGACGCAAGUAUUGGCUACAAAAACAAGUGCCUUACAGAGAACCAUGCCCGAUUUUCGGCAACUUUGGACCCGUUUUAACAAUGCGAAAAACUUAUACCAGUAUGCUGCAGUUUUUCUAUGACACAUAUAGAAAUGAAAAGUAUGUGGGAAUAUUUCAAGCACGCCGGCCGACGCUGAUGGUGAUUGAUUUGGAUAUAGCAAAGACCGUACUUUCUAAGGAGUUUUCUAAUUUUAGUGAUCGCGUGUCGGUGGCGACAGACACUAGACGUGAACCACUACUUAGAAAUUUGGCGAAUAUGAGUGGAUCGGAGUGGAAAGCGAUGCGGCAAAUAAUUACUCCCACAUUUUCUUCUGCCAAGAUGAAAGCUAUGUUCCCUCUCAUUGCAGACUGUGCUCAAUCUUUGAAAAACACUCUCCUCGCAGAAUCUUUAGAAGAGGUUGAUAUAUCAAGGUUAAUGAGUAGAUUUACGACCGAUGUCAUAGGAAGCUGUGCGUUCGGAGUCGAUCCUGGAUCUCUCAAGGAUCCUGAUUCACCAUUUUUAAAAAUGUCCUCAAAAAUGUUUAGAGCUGACCGUGCUACUAUACUGAAACGGUACUGUCGAGCGUUUUUCCCGAGAUUAUUUAAAUGCCUGAAUCUUAAGACAUAUUCCCCAGACGUGGAAACAUUUUUCUCGACGAUCAUCAAGCAAGUUCUAACAGAGAGAAGAACUACAGGCGUUCAGCGACAUGAUUUUCUGCAACUGAUGUUAAAUGUGCAGAAAACUGACAACGCAUUCGAGAUGACAGAUGAAUUAAUAACGUCGAAUUCAUUCAUAUUUAUGCUGGCUGGCUUAGAAACGUCGUCAACAACUUUAUCGUUUUGUUUGUACGAGUUGGCUAAAGACAAGGAUGUACAGGACCGAAUUAGGAAAGAGAUAAUGGAAUGCAUGGAACGCCACGGCUCGUUGAAUUACGAUGCGGUAACAUCGAUGCGUUUGACGACGCAAGCUGUGAUGGAAACGCUGCGAAUGCACCCUCCUACACCUCUUACUACCAGAUUAUGCACCUCGCCAUGUGUUCUUACUGGGACAGAUUUAAAAAUAAAAUUAAAAGACCCAGUCCUCAUACCACUAUAUUGCAUUCAAAGGGAUCCAGAAUAUUUCCCGAAUCCGAAUAAAUUUGACCCAGACCGGUUUGCAGAUGAUUUAAAUCCUCCUGCCUUCGUAGCGUUUGGAGAAGGACCGAGAAGUUGCCCUGGUGCCCGCUUCGCCGUACUGACCGCGGUAGCGGGACUGGCCGUUAUGCUGAGCUCCUUUGAACUGGAGCCGUGCGCGAAGACAACGCCUUCCAUUCAGUACGACUCGCGGAGCGUUUUGCUCAAGAACAAGGGCGGCAUUUGGCUGCGAUUCAAACCUCUCUCUUCGUGAUGUUAAUAUAGUAAAAAUAACUUACAACUAGACCAAAACAAUAUCUCCAAUAUCGGUGAUAUCAUAUUUGUUGGCAUUUCCGUGAACAAAAAAGUGAAUGUUGUUGGACGUACUUAAUCACCAAAUCAAGCUACCAUGUGCCUGCUGAAGUUAAUUAAAUUAUACUCCUCCCACUUAUACGUAAUGGCUUUUAUGAUAUACGAGAUAUUUGCAAAAGAUUAGCGGUAUUAUCGAAAAUAUUUUAGUUGCUUAAGUAGCUCAAUAAUGUUUGAUUGCCUUUGGUUUAUUGUCUGCAAUAAUCUCGCAUCUCCACUUCGUUCGUCGGUUCACGUAGUCAGAUACGCGAUAUCAUUAGUUAUGCCGACUACAUGCAUGGCUGCGUGUGCUAUCGAAUGUGCUAGAGGACAUGACUAUUUUAGUGAAGUAAUCCGCGUUUUACCUACUUUAAUUUGUUUUGUUCAUAGUCAUCUAUUACAAUUUAUUAUUAGACAAAGAAUUCGUUAGGCAUUUCGAUAUGGGUACAAUAACUAGCCAAGCAUGCAGCUGUGGAAGUUCUUUCCAGUAAAUAUUACGUCGAUUUACCUCACAACGUUAACAUCUUAUAGUUUUAGAAAUAAGUUAGUAAUUUUAAUUAAAAAUCUUUAAUGUUCUCUCAGAUGUAGUUACUAAAUCGCCUUAUAUGUAUACCUACAUGUGUAUAUAACGUAGCACCUUUAUUGAGAGAUAGCGUUCUAAUCAGUAUUGAAAAUAUCACUAACUUUAUCGAAUCAAAAUGACAUGUUAUAUUGUACCUUCUGUAGUGUUAUAAUGUAAUAUAGAGCUCUUUGUUUAAGUAAAAUCAUUGCUAUAGGUUAUGUUAUAAUCCAAUUAAAUAGUACUUACAUAACUUGUUAAGUAGCGAUAAUUGAACGCCUGUUAAUGAUGCUGUAAUAGUUGGUGGUACUUAAGAAUAUAUCGAUAAUAAAGUGUGUGUGUGUGUGGGUAGUUAAAUAAAACCACCGUAAACCAGCUGUAUGUUGCGGUUUGCUGCUAGAACUAUUUCUAAGAAAAUAAUUUGAUUUGUAUAAUCUGUUAUGCUCGUCCAUUUUAUCUUAAAAUUCUGUCACGGGUUUUUACCAGCUUUCCGCCCGCGGCUUCGCCCGUGUGGAGUUUUGUAUGUUACAGAAAAACUUAUCGCGCGCGUCCCUGUUUCAAAAACCGGGAUAAAAACUAUCCUAUGUCCUUUCCCGGGACUCAAACUAUCUCUAUGCCAAAGUGUGAAAGCAAGACAGACAGACAGAGUUCUGUCGCAUUUAUAAUAUUAGUAUUAAAUUAGACCAUCAGAUAUACGAAACAGUUAAAUGUUUCCUGUCAAACUAUACCAAGAAUAAUUUAAUAUCUACUAUGUUUGUCCUCUAAAUCUGUUUUGGUGUCAUGGGUUUUAUCACUGCGCGUUGGGGCAAAGUGUAGGUUUGAAAGUAAAAAUACACUUUAGUUAACUGAAGUUUUCCUUAUUGAUAUUUAUGUUAUGCGUCAUAAAUAAAAUAUAGCGAGAGCUCUAAUCU